UCUAGUUACUUUUCGCUUGCCCACCAGAUCUGGUUGCCAUAUUCAUUGGAGCGCCGGCAAGCGUCGGAGGCUCUGGUGAUGCUCGAAGGCAGCGAGGAGGCGGCGGCGGCGGAACGCGAGGACACAGAGCUGCGGUGCCGCGUGGCCGUAGAGGAGCUGAGCCCGGGGGGGCAGCCGCGGAGGCGCCAGGCCCUGCGCGGCGCGGAACUGAGCCUGGGCCGCAACGAACGCCGCGAACUGGUUCUGCGGCUGCGCGCGCCCGGCCCCGCAGCGCGAUCGCGUUGCUUCCCCCUACGGGCGGCGCGCCUCUUCACGCGCUUCGCCGCGGCCGGGCGCAGCGCGCUGCGGCUCCCCGACCCCGGCGCCCCGCGGCCGGGCGCCACGCAGCUGCUGCUCUCCGACUGCCCUCCAGAGCGCCUGCGCCGCUUCCUGCGCACGCUGCGCCUCAAACUGGCCGCUGCCCCCGGGCCCGCGCCUGUUUCUGCGCGUGCGCAGCUGCUCGGCCCACGGCCCGGCGACUUCAUCUCCCUCAGCCCGGUGCAGCCUGAGGAGCUGCAGCGUGUGGCCGCCACACUCGCUCCCAAAAAGCAGCCGGUGGAACAGACCGCCCCUGGCAAGGCCAGCAAGGGAGCCUCAGGAUGGCCUCUGCCGGUGAAGAAGCUGAGCCUGCCCCACAGCAAACCACAGCUGUCAGAGGAGCAGGCCGCUGUGCUGGGGCAUGUCCUGAAAGGCCAGAGUGUCUUCUUCACCGGAAGUGCAGGGACUGGGAAGUCCUAUCUGCUGAAGCGCAUCCUGGGCUCAUUGCCUCCCACGGGCACUGUGGCCACUGCCAGCACAGGGAUAGCAGCCUGCCACAUUGGGGGCACCACCCUCCACGCCUUUGCAGGCAUUGGCUCCGGCCAGGCUCCCCUGGCCCAGUGCGUGGCUCUGGCCCAGCGGCCAGGCGUGCGGCAGCGCUGGUUGAGCUGCCAGCGGCUGGUCAUUGACGAGAUCUCCAUGGUGGAAGCUGAUCUCUUUGAUAAGCUGGAGGCUGUGGCCAGAGCUGUACGGCAGCAGCAGAAGCCGUUCGGGGGCAUCCAGCUUAUCAUCUGUGGGGACUUUCUGCAGCUGCCCCCAGUUACCAAGGGCUCCCAGCCACCUCGCUUCUGCUUCCAGGCCAGGAGCUGGAGGAGGUGUGUGCCAGUGAGCCUGGAGCUGACUGAGGUGUGGAGGCAGGCAGACCCCACCUUCAUCUCCCUGCUGCAGGCUGUGAGAGUGGGCAGGUGCUCAGAUGAGGUGACCCAACAGCUCAGGGCAACCGCUGCCCACAAGGUGGGACGAGAUGGCAUUGUGGCCACGAGACUCUGCACCCACCAGGAUGACGUGGCACUAACCAACGAGAGGCAGCUGCAGGAACUGCCAGGCGAGGUGCACAGCUUCAAGGCUCUGGACAGCCACCCCGAGCUAGCGCAGACCCUGGACGCCCAGUGUCCUGUGAGCCAGCUCCUGCAGCUGAAGCUGGGCGCACAGGUGAUGCUGGUGAAGAACCUGGCAGUGUCUCGUGGCCUGGUGAAUGGUGCCCGAGGCGUGGUGGUGGGGUUCGAGGCAGAAGGCAGAGGGCUGCCCCAGGUGCGCUUCCUGUGCGGGGUCACCGAGAUCAUCCACACGGACCGCUGGACUGUGCAGGCCACCGGGAGCCAGGUUCUUACCCGGCAGCAGCUGCCCCUCCAGCUGGCCUGGGCAUUGUCCAUCCACAAGAGUCAGGGCAUGUCUCUGGAUUGCGUGGAGAUCUCCCUGAGCCGGGUGUUUGCCAGUGGGCAGGCGUAUGUGGCCCUUUCCCGGGCCCGCAGCCUGCAAGGCCUGCGGGUGCUGGACUUUGACCCUUUGGUGGUCCGCUGUGAUGCCCGAGCGCUGCGCUUCUGUGCCACCCUGCGGCAGGCCAGGGGUAUCAGUCUGGACUGCAGGAGCUGGAGACAAACAUGGAGCACAGCCCCAGGCUGGAGCUAUGGCACACAGCCUUGCUGGUCUACACUCAAGGGAGAGACAGUGCGAGCAGCACUGGGGAAGCUGAAGCAGGAGGGUCACCGAGUUUGAGGCCCACUGGGUGGCUUGGUGAUGAGCCAGGGCACAACCUUAGACAAUCCUGAGGCUGAGCUUGGUGGUACAACCUGUAAUUGCAGCACUCUUGAGAGGCUGAGGCAGUCUAUCAUAAAUCAAGCCCAGCCUGGGCAACUUAAGUGAGACCCUGUCUCUAUCCCAUUACUGAGGAAGGCUGAAGGAGGAGACUUGCAUUGAGAUCAACAUCAGCUGGAACUACAAAGUGAGACCCUGUCCCUGUGUAGCCGCAGCAGGCCUCAAACUUGAUGAUUCUCCUGCCUCAGCCUCCUAGUGCUGGGAUCAGAGGUGUGCACCGUGCUUGGCUCCAAAAAUUAGCUCUGUGUCAGUGCUUGCUGGCACACACGAGGCCCUGUUGGUUGCUCCGAUCUCUAAUACCAAAAAGAAUUUUUUUCAUAAAAUGAUAAAAGAGAACUGUCAGGUGCUGCGAAGGGUGGGGAAUAUUUACCCCCACCCCCACCCCCACCACUGGAGCGCACUCCUUUCUGGGACAGCAGGGGGCGGCUGGUCACAGCUCACACCCUUUCUGGGGUUGUUAUUUUUCUUCUGGCUUCCCAAGCACCAGCCAUCGGUGACCACUAGGUGACACCCACGGAUCAUUAGGCCAAGCCUGGAGGCAGAGGUACCCGGUUCUAGGCUCCUGGGUGAAGUGUGUUCCAGUGUUCACGGGUGUCUCAUUAGCCAGGCAGGAGACUGCCCCACCUGAUGGAGAGAGGCAGUGGCUCAGAACUGCAGGCUGGCACAGGGUUCUGGGGCUUUUCAAAGCUGGCCAAAGCCCUGGGCCAGAUUCCUAUGUCCAAAUGCUGGCUCCUACGCAGCAGCACAGUGGCACAUGCUUAUAGUCCCAGCAUUCAGGAGGCUGAGGCAAGAGGAUCUCCAUGAGUUCCAUGGAGACCAUGAGUUCAAGUCAGGCUUACACAAGAAACCAAAAACCCAAAAACCACCCUGUCCCACACAUGGGCCAGGCCAUCUCCUGAGGUGUGGAAGCAUCCAUGGCUCCCUCAGAGCCCCCUUUACCCCGGGUCCAUCUUGUGUACCCCCAGGUACACAGUGGGGUCAUCUUGGGAAAUGCUGGGGUGUGGGAGCAGGGGUUAUGUUUCAAGUCCCAUCACGCCCCAUUCCUUCUCUGGGGGCUGUGGUUUUCACACAGGAUUAUCUUUGGCCUCCAGAAACAUCCUCACUGCUGACUUUUUUUUUUUUUUUUUUUUU